GAAACGGGAGCUUGCAAGUGCUGCUUGUACUCUCGUUUGAAGACUUAGAACGAGUUACCUGUCUUAGACCUUGACGACUGGAUCCGUUCUCUCGGAGUUCCCAGGAUGUUCUUUUACCUGAGUAAGAAAAUUGCCAUUCCCAAUAACGUGAAGCUGAAAUGUAUAUCUUGGAACAAGGACCAAGGCUUCAUAGCUUGUGGUGGUGAAGAUGGAUUAUUGAAAGUUUUGAAAUUAGAGACACAGACAGAUGAUGCAAGAUUGAGAGGUCUUGCAGCCCCUAGUAAUCUUUCUAUGAAUCAGACUCUCGAAGGCCACAGUGGUUCUGUUCAAGUUGUAACAUGGAAUGAACAAUAUCAAAAAUUGACUACCAGUGAUCAAAAUGGGCUUAUCAUUGUAUGGAUGUUAUAUAAAGGCUCUUGGUAUGAGGAAAUGAUCAACAAUAGAAAUAAAUCAGUGGUUCGCAGUAUGAGCUGGAAUGCUGACGGACAAAAGAUCUGCAUCGUAUAUGAAGAUGGGGCUGUGAUUGUUGGUUCGGUGGAUGGGAAUCGUAUUUGGGGAAAAGACUUGAAGGGUAUACAGCUAUGUCAUGUAGCAUGGUCUGCAGACAGUAAAGUCUUACUAUUUGGAAUGGCCAAUGGGGAAAUACACAUUUAUGAUAAUCAAGGGAAUUUUAUGAUGAAAAUGAAACUGAGCUGUUUGGUGAAUGUCACUGGAGCAAUCAGCAUUGCUGGAAUACAUUGGUACCAUGGCACAGAAGGCUACAUGGAGCCAGAUUGUCCUUGUCUUGCUAUUUGUUUUGAUAAUGGAAGAUGCCAAAUAAUGAGACAUGAGAAUGACCCAAAUCCUGUUUUAAUUGAUACUGGCAUGUAUGUAGUAAGUAUCCAGUGGAACCACGUUGGCACUGUGUUAGCUGUGGCAGGAUCCCAGAAGGCAGUCGCUCAGGAUAAAGAUGUGAACACUGUGCAAUUUUACACUCCAUUUGGUGAGCAUCUUGGUACUUUGAAAGUUCCUGGAAAGCAGAUGUCUGCACUAUCUUGGGAAGGAAGUGGACUGAAAAUUGCCCUAGCUGUUGAUUCUUUUAUAUAUUUUGCGAAUAUUCGACCUGAUUACAAGUGGGGCUAUUGCGCGAAUACUGUAGUUUAUGCAUAUACCAGACCUGAUCGUCCAGAGUACUGUGUGGUCUUUUGGGAUACAAAAAACAAUGAGAAAUAUGUUAAAUACGUGAAGAGUCUCAUUUCUGUUACUACCUGUGGAGAUUUCUGCAUUUUGGCUACGAAAGCUGAUGAAAAUCAUCCUCAGGAAGAGAACGAGAUGGAAACAUUUGGUGCAACGUUUGUGCUUGUUCUUUGUAAUUCUAUUGGCACUCCUAUGGAUCCCAAAUACAUUGAUAUUGUACCAUUAUUUGUUGCAAUGACCAAAACGCAUGUGAUAGCAGCUUCAAAAGAAGCAUUUUAUAUCUGGCAAUAUCGGGUGGCAAAGAAGCUCACAGCAUUGGAAAUUAAUCAGAUCGUGCGAUCUCGAAAAGAAGGGAGAGAAAGAAUUUAUCAUGUUGAUGAUACUCCCUCUGGAUCAGUCGAUGGGGUGCUUGAUUAUAGUAAAGCCAUUCAAGGAACAAGAGAUCCAAUUUGUGCCAUAACUGCAUCUGAUAAAACAUUGAUUGUGGGUCGUGAAUCUGGCACCAUUCAGAGAUACAGUCUUCCUAAUGUUGGUUUGAUUCAAAAGUAUUCCCUUAAUUGUCAAGCCUACCAGUUAUCCUUGAAUUGCAACUCUAGUCGUCUUGCUAUCAUAGACAUUUCAGGAGUUCUGACUUUCUUUGACUUGGAUGCUCGGGUAACAGACAGUACAGGACAGCAAGUAAUUGGCGAGUUGUUAAAAUUGGAGCGAAAAGAUGUCUGGGAUAUGAAGUGGGCCAAAGAUAAUCCUGAUUUGUUUGCAAUGAUGGAGAAGACAAGAAUGUAUGUUUUCAGAAAUUUGGACCCUGAGGAACCCAUUCAGACUUCUGGGUAUAUUUGUAACUUUGAGGAUUUAGAAAUUAAAUCUGUUCUUUUGGAUGAGAUAUUAAAGAAUGCAGAACAUCCAAACAAGGAUUAUAUCAUUAACUUUGAAAUUCGGUCCCUGCGAGAUAGUCGAGCGUUGAUUGAGAAAGUUGGAAUUGAAGAUGCAUCUCAAUUCAUAGAGGACAAUCCACAUCCCCGACUUUGGCGCCUACUGGCUGAAGCAGCACUUCAGAAACUGGACUUACAAACUGCAGAGCAAGCAUUUGUGCGCUGCAAAGACUAUCAAGGCAUUAAGUUUGUGAAGCUCCUGGGCAAUCUACAGAGUGAGUCAAUGAAGCAGGCUGAAGUUGCUGCCUAUUUUGGCAGGUUUGAAGAGGCUGAAAGGAUGUAUCUUGAUCUGGACAGAAGAGACCUUGCUAUUGGCCUCCGGCUGAAGUUAGGAGAUUGGUUUAGAGUCCUCCAACUCCUGAAAACUGGAUCUGGUGAUGCAGAUGACAGUCUCCUUGAGCAAGCCCAUAAUGCCAUUGGAGACUACUUUGCAGAUCGACAAAAGUGGUUGAAUGCUGUACAAUAUUAUGUACAAGGCCGGAACCAGGAACGCUUAGCCGAAUGUUACUAUAUGUUAGAAGAUUAUGAGGGGUUAGAGACUCUUGCAAACUCGCUUCCAGAAAACAAUAAAUUACUUCCAGAAAUAGCACAAAUGUUUGUGAGAGUUGGAAUGUGUGAACAAGCUGUGAUGGCAUUUUUAAAAUGUAAUCAACCAAAGGCAGCUGUAGAUACCUGUGUACAUCUCAACCAAUGGAACAAAGCUGUUGAAUUGGCUAAAAAUCAUAGUAUGAAAGAAAUUGGAUCCCUGCUAGCUAGGUAUGCAUCUCAUUUAUUGGAAAAGAAUAAAACUCUUGAUGCCAUAGAACUCUAUCGGAAAGCCAAUUACUUUUUUGAUGCUGCUCAACUGAUGUUUAAGAUUGCAGAUGAAGAAGCAAGGAAAAGAACUAAACCUUUACGUGUUAAGAAGCUGUAUGUACUGUCAGCUUUACUUAUAGAGCAAUACCAUGAACAGAUGAAAAAUGCCCAACAAGGAAAAGUGAAAGGAAAGAGUUCAGAGGCCACUUCUGCUUUGGCUGGAUUGCUGGAAGAGGAAGUUCUGUCUACAGCUGGUCGUUUCACAGACAACGCUUGGAGAGGGGCUGAGGCUUACCACUUCUUUAUCCUUGCACAGAGGCAGCUCUAUGAGGGAUACGUUGACACUGCACUGAAGACAGCUCUUCACCUGAGAGACUAUGAAGAUAUUAUUCCUGCUGUUGAGAUCUACUCCCUGUUAGCACUCUGUGCCUGUGCUGGUAGAGCUUUUGGUACCUGUUCAAAAGCUUUUAUUAAACUGGAAUCUUUAGACUCCCUCAGUUCAGAACAGAAACAGCAAUAUGAAGAUCUUGCUCUAGAAAUCUUCACCAAACAUACUCCAAAAGAUAACAGAAAAUCUGAACUGGACAGCCUUCUUGAAGGUGGAGAAGGAAAACUGCCAACCUGUGUUGCCACCGGGAGCCCAAUUACGGAAUACCAAUUCUGGAUGUGCAGUGUGUGUAAGCACUGUGUUCUGGCUCAGGAAAUAAGUAACUACACCUUCUGUCCCUUAUGCCAUAGUCCAGUUGGAUAAAGAAACAUACAAUUGCAUAUAACUGUAAAUAUAUGUAACAUAUAUGCAUAGCUAGUCUUGAUCAGUCUGUAUAUAUAAGACUACAUAUAUACAUAAUCUUAGUCUCAUGUAUAAUAAGGUUGAUUCCUAUAAGCAUUAUAUGGAAAUAAUCUCAUUAUUUCAUGGUUGUAUUUUUAUAUAAAAUUAUCUAUUAAUAACAAGAUAAUAUUAAUUUUUGUACAAAAGUAUAAUUAUGAAAUAAUGAGGUUGGUUUUAAUAUACAAUUUAUGGUAAUCUGCCUUAUUUUAUAUCUGUUUAUCUAAUUAUCUGUGUAUCUAAUCUAUCUUGUGGUUCAUUACAUGAUAGUACAGAAAUAUUCCAAAUAAGAAAAAAAUUUUUUUGCACAGCUCAAGGUUACUAAUUCAUAAAACACUUUGGGGAAUGAGAGGGGAAGCAUGGAAGUGGGGCAAAGUUGAAAUUAGGGAAUGACACAACCUGUAUUAAAAAAAGAUUGAACAAUUUUAAUACUGAAAUGAGCCCUAUCUCUAGCUAUAGUGUUGAAUACUUUCUCUAAUUUGUUUUCAGAAGGAAGGAGAAGGCCCUUUAAAUAGUUUUACAAAUUGAAUUGCCUCUAACAGUCUUAUUUGUCCUUUUUUAAUCUACCCUUUAGUAUCGUCCCAGAGAUGGUAUCUACUCUUCAUAUUAUUGUGCAGAAAAAUUUUCUCUAUUUGUAAUGAUAUCAAUUUAUAUAGAAAUGUCUGUUUUGGGUUAUAAUUAGAGUUGAAGCACUGCCAGUAAGCUGUACCCUUCAUUUAAACAACUCUUGUGCUGUGGGGAAUGAUUCUUUCUUGGUAUAUGUAUGUGUGUGCUUUUUUUUAUUCAUUAUCAUUACUUUAAAGGGAAAAAAUUGUAAUUAAUAAUGAGUAAUUUCUUACCUAUUCUGCAUUGCUGAUGUUGUCCUCCAUUUAAUUCUCCUGAACUUAUGUUGUUUCAUUUUGUGAUUAAACACUAGAGUUUGACAUUAUUUCAUCAAGACUGCUGAGGUUUAGCUGAUGUUUAGUGAGAUAAUGAAUAAAGAAAAAUAUGCAGCAUUGUUAUUGCAGCUACAAUACUUAGGUUAUUUCACUGUCUGAAUAUGAUGUUUGUUUGUUUCCUUUAGAGACAAGUUAAGCCUAUUAGAGACUGGGAAUAAUGAGCUAUGAAAAGAGAUUUAGAGCCCACGUGAACUCGGAAUAGAUAUUGUUGUUGUGAUUGUUAUUAGGUGCUGUCUAGUCAGUUCCAACUCACAGCAAUCCUAUAUAAAAUGGAACGAAACAUUGCCCGGCUCUGCGCCAUCCUUACAGACGUUGCUGUGCUUGAGCUCAUUGCUAUUGGGGUGGAAAGACCACAGUAUCUGAAUCUUGGAUUAUAAAAUAUUCUUAUGCCUGACUCUCACUCUGCCUCAUCAGCCUGCCCUUGAUGUGUGUUUAUGAAGAGGACUAGGGUUGGAGUUUGCACCAGGGGACUCAGUCAGGUGGAACAUGCCUGGGGCCAGCAGUACACACUUGCUCUAUAGAAGAGUCUCAGCCACAGCUGUAGCUUGCCAGUUACCCUGCUAAGGAACCAUGGAUUUUAUUUAUACUUCUUGGGCAGAGGGCAGGUCAGAAUGAGUAUCACCAAUAGGUAACUGAAUGAAGAGCUCACAAAUAUUGAGGGCCUCUUAUGCCUCCUGCAUACUUAGUAUGUUAUGAAUAUUUAGUGCCUGGGGUGCCUUUUGUAUUUUCAGUGCCUCGUGAAUAGUAGGUAUCUCUUGGUCCUUCCUUCUAUCUAUGGUCACACAUGAUAUGCUUUAUACACUUUGUCUAACAUGUCUUACAAGUCACUGAAUUAUUUGUCUAUGCUUAACACAGUAAGUUUCAUCUACCUGAUUUGUUUUCUUCUGUAGCAGAAUGGAAUGCUGUUCCCCAAAUCAGCAAAUCAUAUCCUAAGAAAUGGGUCUACCCAAGGGAAUAUAUCUCUUGCCGCACUUAAAUUACAUCUUUCUCUAGGCUUUCUGUUCUCAGGAAUGACGACAUUCCCUGCUUCAUCAAUGAAAAAAAAAUUUCUCAGGGUUGUAGGGAUGGCUCCAUCAGUGCGAAGGGUUCCCACAGGACCGCAUGUGCAGAGCUGUGAUUCUUCGUCUGUGGUCUGAUGCCUGAAUACCUCUUCUUUCACUUUCCCUUGGCUGUCCAAGAUCAGCUGAGAACUCAGUUAGAUUGUCUUGCCUUUAGCCCUUAUUGUGACUUCUUGAUUACACUCCCAUUUGUUUCUAUUCCAAAAUCAGCUGUUGACACCUCACACCUUUCCUAAGUAUCUUUUGUGAUCUCUCUCCUGGAGCCUUCUCAUUUGCCACUAAUUCCAUGUUGUCUGAGCCCUAGAAUUUUUCAUCUAACUAAUUAUUUAGAGGUAGAUUCUGAGUUGCUGUCCCUACUCCUUAUUUUGAUGCAGAAACCAAAAUCCUUAAAAACAACCUCUUAAACAUCAUGGAUGUCAUAUAUAUAUAUAUAUGAUAGUCACAUCAUUUCUACUAGUAUAAAAGCUUAUGACUGGGUCUUUAUCAGUGGAAGGUUUAAUGGUCUGCCAUUGUGUCUUGGGGACCUUUAUCUUGCUCAAACAUGAUACUAGAGAGAGAACCCCAUGGUAUGAGUUGACCCAACUGGUUUUAUUUAACAUGAAGGAAAUGUCAAGAUAAAGACACCAACACAUCCUCCCUGGUGAAAGAGGAAAAGAAUAUCGAAAUUGUCCGGAUAAAACAAAUACUCAGAGGGAAGUUGGAUAGACAGAAUUGGGCAGUAUAUUGAAGACAGUAUAAUGAAACAGUUACAAUGUUUUUUCUUGCAUUAAACAUUAACUGAAUCCUUUUGGGUAAUGCUGAGUUGUUCUUUAUCACAUAACUUGCCCUGAAUUGUUAUAUUUUAAAGUAUAGUAAGUAAAAGUAUUGAAACAGUAGAACCCAAUGAUAAAGCUAUACAAAUAAGCAGUGUGCCUACCAAGCAGCAUAGCAUAGUUGACCUGCUAUCAUAUAUAAAUGCUAAUUUCAUUAGAAAUUGUUUUGGUAGCAUACACUUUGAAAUAUAUCCCUAGAGGUGAGAUUCUAAGUUUUAUGUGCAUUGGGUGAAAAAAAUAAUAAAUAUUGGACUAAAUAUUGCAUUUA